AUGGCGUUUGCGCGCAGGUUAGCCAUUCUCCCAGGCGGGCUAGGCGGCCUCGGGUCCAGCAUAGGCAAUAAACUACAACAACAAGGCGCACGCCUCGCAAUUCUCUACGCUUCAUUCGAAUCCGCCCGCCGAGAUCAAUUACUCGAGGCCGGGUAUGGCGGCGACUCCAACGUGAAUGACAUCCACACCUACGAGUGCGAUAUCACAUCGCCCGAAUCAGUCCAAUCUGCCUUUUCCUCUUUACACAAGGAUCUCGUCGUGCCGGACUCUUCAUCUCCAACUGAGGGGGCGUUCCCCAGUAUCCUGAUCAACACGGCUGGCUACGUCUCCCUAAGCGAUAUGGAGAGUACACCACCGGAAGAAACGAUGAAACAUCUUACCACCAACGUCUUUGGGCCGAUGCUCUGCUCCCAGGCCUUUGCCAACAUGUACUUUGCCGCGUCAAAGACAGCCGAGUCCUCGACUAGCCCCCCGCCUCCCGGGAGAAUCGUUAGUAUCUCGAGUCAAGCUGCGCAUGCUGCGCUGCAUCGGCAUGGGGCGUAUUGUGCUUCCAAGGCAGGGUUGAUGGGGUUAACUCGGAGUAUGGCUUCGGAAUGGGCUGGUCGGGGGAUUACUGCGAACACGGUUUCGCCAACGGUCGCGUGGACGGAUUUGGGCAGGAAGGCGUGGGGUGAGGAGUCUGUGCGAGAGGCGUUUUUGAAGACGAUUCCUGUAGGGAAGUUUGCGCUUCCUGAGGAGGUUGCUGAUGCGGUUGUUUUUCUUUGUCAGGACUCGAGUGGGAUGAUUAACGGGGCGGAUAUUCGCGUUGAUGGUGGUUUCACUAUCAGGUAA